GUAUGAAAAACACACAUGUCGACCUAAUAUGUGUGUUCCUGUCGAUUUUCAUCGGCAUUGGUGAGGCGGUCGACGUCUACACCAACCAUUUCCAUGUUCAUUUAAAAGAGGGAGGUGGACUGGAAGAUGCGCAUCGGAUAGCCAAACGUCACGGAUUUAUUAAUAGAGGACAAGUUGCAGCAAGUGAUAAUGAAUAUCAUUUUGUGCAACCAGCACUUGUUCAUGCACGAACCAGAAGAUCAGCAGGUCAUCAUGCUAAACUUCAUAAUGAUGAUGAGGUUCUUCACGUCGAGCAGCUGAAAGGAUACACCCGUACAAAGCGAGGAUAUCGUCCGCUUGAACAGCGACUGGAAAGCCAGUUUGACUUUUCAGCAGUCAUGUCUCCAUCGGAUCCACUUUAUGGAUAUCAGUGGUACUUGAAAAACACUGGACAAGCUGGCGGAAAAGCUCGUUUGGAUUUGAAUGUGGAAAGGGCUUGGGCAAUGGGAUUUACUGGAAAGAACAUCACAACAGCGAUUAUGGAUGACGGAGUGGAUUACAUGCAUCCGGAUAUUAAGAACAACUUUAAUGCCGAAGCUUCAUACGAUUUCUCAUCAAAUGAUCCAUUCCCAUAUCCAAGAUACACUGAUGACUGGUUCAAUUCCCACGGAACUCGAUGCGCCGGAGAAAUCGUUGCCGCCCGUGACAACGGUGUCUGUGGAGUCGGAGUUGCCUAUGACGGAAAGGUUGCUGGAAUCAGAAUGCUUGAUCAACCCUACAUGACCGAUCUCAUUGAAGCCAAUUCAAUGGGACACGAGCCGAGCAAAAUUCAUAUCUACUCUGCUUCAUGGGGACCGACUGAUGAUGGAAAGACUGUUGAUGGACCACGUAAUGCCACUAUGCGAGCAAUCGUCAGGGGUGUCAACGAGGGACGUAACGGACUUGGAUCCAUUUUUGUUUGGGCCAGUGGAGACGGAGGAGAGGAUGAUGAUUGUAAUUGUGAUGGAUAUGCGGCAAGCAUGUGGACAAUCUCGAUCAAUUCAGCCAUUAACAAUGGAGAAAAUGCUCACUACGAUGAAUCUUGUUCAUCAACCCUUGCUUCCACUUUCUCCAAUGGAGGACGAAACCCAGAAACCGGAGUCGCUACUACCGAUCUCUACGGAAGAUGCACCCGAUCUCACUCCGGAACUUCCGCUGCUGCUCCAGAAGCGGCAGGAGUCUUUGCCCUUGCUCUUGAAGCCAAUCCAUCUCUUACCUGGAGAGAUCUCCAACACUUGACAGUUCUCACUUCAAGCAGAAACUCCCUGUUUGACGGAAGAUGCCGUGACUUCCCAUCUCUCGGAAUCAACGAUAACCACCGCGACUCUCAUGGAAACUGUUCUCACUUUGAAUGGCAAAUGAAUGGAGUUGGACUCGAGUACAAUCACCUUUUCGGAUUUGGAGUUCUUGAUGCAGCAGAGAUGGUCAUGUUGGCAAUGGCCUGGAAGACUUCCCCACCACGUUAUCACUGUACUGCUGGACUCAUUGACACUCCACAUGAGAUCCCAGCCGAUGGAAACUUGAUUCUUGAAAUUAAUACUGAUGGAUGUGCCGGAUCUCAAUUCGAAGUCCGCUACCUGGAACAUGUUCAAGCAGUUGUCUCGUUCAACUCGACUCGUCGUGGAGAUACCACUCUCUACUUGAUCUCUCCAAUGGGAACCCGUACCAUGAUUCUUUCCCGCAGACCAAAGGAUGAUGAUUCAAAGGAUGGAUUCACCAACUGGCCAUUCAUGACAACACACACAUGGGGAGAGAAUCCAACAGGAAAAUGGAGACUUGUCGCCAGAUUCCAAGGACCUGGAGCUCAUGCCGGAACCCUUAAGAAGUUCGAGCUGAUGUUGCACGGAACAAGAGAAGCCCCAUACAAUCUCAUCGAGCCAAUCGUCGGUCAAACCAACAAGAAGCUCGACACCGUUCAAAAAGCCCACAAACGCAGCCACUAAAUGUACAAAAUUCCCCAAUUUCUUCCUUCCUUCAAAAAAUUUCUAAGAAUUUCCUCUUCCUCCUCCUCUUUUUAACUAGUUGAAAAUGAAACAGAUCAUCGAGCUUCCCAGUCGACCCGCCCCCAAUAUCCGGUGAUCCGUAUUGUUGUAGUCGCUUCGGGUGCCGCACACAGAUUUACAGAUUUUUAUAUUUUGUAAGUAUAUUCCAUCAAAUCGUCCAUCACCACCAUUCGCCCCACCCAUUUCUUCUUUUUUCUAUUUCUCCCUCUUCCUUUUUUUCUCUCCCCUUCAUAUUUUUAUUGUCAGUUUUUCGACCCGAUCAUCACAUCACAAUUGUUAAAUGAGCUGAGCCACACACACACAAACACAAAUGACAGACACAAAACAUCAUUACCAUCUGAAACGAAAACCGAAAAGAGCCCUUAAAAUCUCUCUCACUCCAUCAUCACACCAUCUUCAUUCGCCAUGCAAAUCCCUGCGCGCACAAGUCGAACCACCCAUAAUAAAUCGUUCGGAAUUGUUAUUGACAUGCAGAUAGUUCAAUUUAUUUGUCUGCUGCAAAAACUAUAAUUUCCUUUUUAAAAAUGAUAUGAUUCACUUGGUC